CUCAUCCAUACUUCUUAAAAACUACUUACCAGCACUUAUUUCACACAAUUCACAGUACAUCUUAACAAUCAAUCAGCGAGCACAAUGAAACUCACUCUCUUCUCCGCCAAAUCAUACGAUACCCAUUACUUCAAUCAGACCCUCCAAACUUUUCACCCAGAUUUAACCACCAUCACCGCUCACCCCUUCGCUCUAACCGCGUCCACCGUCUCCCUCGCGCGCUCCAGUGAUGCUGUCUGUGUCUUCGUAAACGACACCCUCGACGCUACUGUUCUGCACGCUCUACACUCCUACGGUGUCCGUGCCAUUCUCCUCCGCUGCGCUGGAUUCAAUAACAUCGACCUCCCCGCCGCCGAAGCCCUCGGCUUCUUCGUUGCCAAUGUCCCCAGCUACUCCCCCGAAGCUGUGGCCGAGUUCGCCGUGGCGCUGAUCCAAACCUUGAACCGCAAGACGCACCGCGCGUAUAACCGUGUUCGCGAAGGCAACUUCAAUCUAGAAGGGUUCCUAGGCCAGACCUUGGCAGGAAAGACGGUGGGCGUGGUGGGAUUAGGCCGCAUUGGAAUGGCAUUCGCGAGAAUCAUGAAGGGGUUCGGCUGUGUGUUGCUUGGGGCCGAUCCAUAUGGUGGGGAAGAGUUUGAGAAGGAGAUAGGAGGAAGUUAUGUCGGGAUGGACGAAUUGCUGGGACGGAGUGAUGUGGUGAGCUUGCAUUGUCCAUUGACAGAGGGAACUAGACAUUUGAUCAAUGCGAAAAGCCUGGCCAAGUUGAAGAGGGGGGCAAUGGUGGUGAAUACCUCGCGAGGCGGGCUGAUCCAUACAAGAGAUGCGGUGCAGGCGUUGAAGGAUGGAAGACUGGGUGGGUUGGCGUUGGAUGUGUAUGAGGAAGAAGGGGACUUGUUCUAUAAUGACCAUUCAGCGGAGAUCAUCCAUGAUGAUACGUUGAUGCGGUUGAUGACGUUUCCCAAUGUUCUCGUGUGUGGACAUCAGGCGUUUUUCACGCGCGAGGCACUGAGUGAGAUUGCUCAGGUGUCAUUGAACAAUUUGGAGGAUUGGGCGAAGAAGCGGUCGUGUAAGAAUUCGCUGGUUAGAGAGGGGCAUUUGUGUGUUGAGGAGGAUAAAGAGCCGGUUCGAUUGUAGAUGUGUGGAAUAGUUGUAGCAAUAGACCUGCCUGAUUCUGAGAUACACAUACUAAGGG